AAACAGGUAGAGUGAGUAAGACAGAGAUGUCAUAAUACACGGAAGACAGUUUCUUGAAACGCAGUUCUAUAGAUUCAGUAAAUGGCCACCCCUUCAUAUCCCGCUGCUGCCACCGGCCCCCCACGGUCCCCACCUCCCUCUUACCAUGAGAUUAAUGCACACUCCAUCUAUGGAGACCAUCCAGCGAAGCCAGCACCCCCGUACACUGUGGUCACAUCGCCUCCUGCAGACACCUUUCAACAGCAAGCAAACCGAUUUCCGAAUGGUGCACAAGCAGACCAGUAUCCUUUGCUUAAUAUGCCCAGAGUCGUCAUGGUGAACCACACAGAACAAGUGAUUUUGCAGCAGCAGAUCGUGAGGAAUGAAACCCCUCAGGUUAUUGUGGUCCAGCCACAGCAGAUUGUUCUGUCUUUGGGUGACACACAAACAGCGACUGUUUGUAGAUACUGUCAUAACAGCAUCCUGACUGUUGUUGAAUAUAAACCGGGUUGUGCUGCAUGGGCCAUGUGUUUCCUAAUAGCACUGCUCGGGUUGAUUUGUGGAUUUUGCCUCAUCCCAUUCUGUGUCAGGGGCUUCCAAGACGCCCAUCAUUCCUGUCCUCAAUGCCACAGCCACUUAGGGAUAUACAGACGCAAAUAACUACAUACAGUAUAUGUCUAUACGUAAAACUGUCUACAACCUCUUAUCCACAUAUUUUAAAUUAUAAUCAUGAUAUGUAAAAAAAUAUAUUCUACAUAUAUUAAAGAUCACGACGGCCAAAAUAGUAUUUUUGAAGAUGAUUGAAUACACAGCUCAUUCUGUCUUUAUACUCUAUAUCUUUGUGAACGUUCUACUGUAGUUGUAAUUUUAAUAUAUAUUGUAAUUUAUGUAAUAAAUAUGAACACCGCAUCCUUGUCCUGGUUGAAAAAUAAAAGAAUGUUCUGUUAUUGUAA